GCCUGUUUGGUUUAUGCCUCCGCAUCUGCUCAAUCUAGUGCAGUUGGCGGUGGUUCCUCGGGGUGAUGUAACUCUUUUGCUCCAUUAAUAUCGCAGCCUCCACCGGCUCACAUCAGCCCGGGCCAUGCGGGUGCUGUACGGGCCUCCACGAUCACAUGGUCACCGUCUAAAUCAGCGGGGACAGCGAGCCACGUGUGUUUCCUAUGAAGUCAAUAUAUGGGGAAUAAUUCAGGGCGUUUAUGAUUAGCCUUGGCUCGGCUGAUGUGCAAGAGGUUAAUUACACCUGCGGUCGUAUCUCACAACGCGAGAUAUGGGUACAAUAAUUAAACCCGUGAAAGGACGUCAUGUAUGUUUUUAAUUUACACUUUUAAGACUGUUAUUUUUGCUGUCUUUCUGGCUGUAGGUUCGGAGAGAUGUUAUAGCUGUUAUAAGUCCACAUAUAUAGGGCCACAUCUCUGUAGAGCUGUAUCAGUGAAUGAAACAUAAUGCUGUUCAUCCUGAUUCAAUUUAAGCCGGAGCUUAACGUCUCAUGGUUGCAACCUUUUUAUGACGUCGAGGCAGUUGUUUUGGUACCCCGUCCCCUCCCCUCCCCCCACACGCCCCCUGCCCAAUCGGAGCCUGCGCUGACAUUCUACCGGAGCCGAAAUGGGUCCAUUCAUGCAGCGGUUCUGUCCUCCCGUAAGUACCAGAACGCCCUUCGUCGGGUGCUCGGUGGUACCCGACCGCUGCUCUACACGGCCGCACUGAUGACAUGGAAACCCCAUUGCAGCUGCAGAACGAUUUCUUUCCAGAGCAGCAGUUCCAGCACUGUAAGUACCAGCACUACUGCGGGCGGGAGGACAAGAUCGGCAAGAAGCACGACCAACGCUGCACCUGCAAUAGCUGCACCUGUGAUGCGAGAAAAAGCCUCAUCUUUCGCGGGACGUCGCCGACCGCUGCCGCGGGAACUUUGAGGACACCUUCGGAAACGUCUUCGAGGCAAGGUUGCCAGUACAGCGUCUGCGAGUUCACACCCUCCAGUCAUGGUAGUUCAUCCAGGCAUCAUCCUCCUCCUCCACCUCCUCCUCACCCUCAGCAGCAGCAGCAGCAGCAGCAUUGCCGCGAUCGGCAGCGGGGCAGCCUGGGCAGCGGCCACAAAGACAGUAACUCCUACAAUGAAAUAGCAAUGAGCAGCUGCAGAUACAACGGCGGCGUGAUGCGGCCGCUGAGCAACUUGAGCUCGUCCCGCAGAAACGUGCACGAGUUCGAUUCCGAGUCGCAGCCUCUGCAGCCCGUCUCGGCCGCGGAUGCGUCGGACACUUUGGUAUCCAAGCCGGAGAAUAAUUCCACCACGCUGAUGCCUUACGCAUCGGGAGACGGAGCGGGCGGCUGCGGCCACAGCGGCGGCGGCAAAUCGGGGAAAAAGAAGAACCAGAACAUCGGGGAGAAGCUGGGACACAGGAGGGCCUUGUUUGAGAAACGGAAGCGGCUCAGCGACUAUGCUUUAAUCUUCGGGAUGUUUGGGAUCGUUGUCAUGGUUAUAGAGACUGAACUCUCUUGGGGAGCUUAUGGAAAGUCGCUGUAUUCAUUAGCGCUAAAAUGCCUGAUAAGCCUUUCUACAAUCAUUCUCCUGGGCCUGAUUAUCAUAUACCAUGCAAGAGAGAUCCAGUUAUUCAUGGUGGACAACGCAGCCGAUGACUGGAGGAUAGCCAUGACAUAUGAGCGCAUCUUCUUCAUCUGCCUGGAGAUCCUGGUGUGCGCCAUACACCCCAUCCCCGGGAACUACACCUUCACCUGGACGGCCCGCUUGGCCUACUCCUACGUGCCCUCCAAGACGGAUGCGGACGUGGACAUCAUCCUGUCCAUCCCCAUGUUCCUGCGGCUGUACCUCAUCGCUCGCGUCAUGCUGCUGCACAGCAAGCUCUUCACGGACGCCUCGUCGCGCAGCAUCGGUGCACUCAACAAGAUUAACUUUAACACACGCUUUGUGAUGAAGACCCUCAUGACCAUCUGUCCCGGCACCGUGCUGCUGGUCUUCACCAUCUCGUUGUGGAUCAUCGCCGCAUGGACUGUGAGAGCUUGUGAGAGGUACCAUGACAACCAGGACAUAACCAGCAACUUUCUAGGAGCCAUGUGGUUGAUCUCAAUCACAUUUCUGACCAUUGGAUAUGGGGAUAUGGUCCCAAACACAUACUGUGGGAAAGGAGUCUGUCUCCUGACUGGGAUUAUGGGGGCUGGCUGCACUGCCUUGGUGGUGGCUGUAGUGGCAAAGAAACUGGAGUUAACCAAAGCUGAAAAACAUGUCCACAAUUUUAUGAUGGACACCCAGCUAACAAAAAGAGUGAAAAACACAGCUGCGAAUGUUCUCAGGGAGACGUGGCUCAUCUAUAAGAACACCAAACUGGUGAGAAAGAUGGACCACGCCAGAGUCAGGAAGCACCAGAGGAAAUUUCUCCAAGCCAUUCACCAAGCUCGAAAAUUGAGAAGUGUUAAAAUGGAGCAACGCAAGCUGAAUGACCAAGCAAACUCACUAGUGGACCUUGCUAAGACUCAGAACAUCAUGUAUGACAUGAUAUCAGACUUAAAUGAGCGAGGCGAGGACAUGGAGAAGAGGAUCGCCCUGCUGGAGACAAAGCUGGAGACUCUCCUGAGUAACUUGCAGGCUCUGCCGGGACUCAUCAGCCAGGUCAUCAGCCAGCAGCACAGGGACUUUCUGGAGGUGCAGCUCCAGCCUUAUGACAAACACAGCCCUGAGCGCUCGCAGUCAGUAUCCAGACGGAGGUCGUCUUCCACAGCACCACCCACCUCCUCGGAGAGCAGCUAGAGUCCAAGGAGAACGCCUCCACUCAAGACUUUUGCCAUCAUAUGGCCGAGUCGCAUUUAUCGUAAAGCCUUAUGGUUUCAAUAAGUAUUAUCCAAAUUCUGAUGACAGAAUCCAAGAUCCGGGGACAACGCAUUUUAAUGGAUAACUUCAUGCUGUCGUUUGUUUUUUAUUACCUCAAAAGGUGACGUUGUCCUUGCUCUGGUGACACAACUACAAAUAACGCCGCUUCCCUCAGUCAAAGGCCUAUCGAUGGGGGCACGAUAUGAACUCCACUCCAUCUCUAUGCAGAGAGAGCCAGUCGCAGGGGGCAAGGUCACCACGUGUGAAACUAUUGCACUAAAAUAGUGCUUCUCACAGACUGCUGGCUUGAUUCAGUUGCCGUAUUCUUCAAAGCAAACUAUGAAACCACUGAGAAAUCAGUCAGGAAGCAUGACAGUGUUUUAGGGGGGGAAGUGCUGUGUUUGAUGGGCUGGAGUGAAUGUAGAGCAGACAGCGGAUGGAAAUUGCUCCCACACACUGUCACUCAAAGAUAACUUAAGAAAGCUUGAAAUGAAAGGGGGGGGGAGCAUAUAUAUUUUAGGUUAGAAACAGCAUCAACUAUAGCGGUUUUCUUUUGCAGUGCCCCUGUAGAAUGAGUAUUUUUGGGGCGACGUUGCAAAUAAUUUAAUCCUCUAGUCAAAAUGAAUGCAUCAAAAUCUGUACUUGCACUUACUUUUUAAUCAAUGCACUUCAAUGCUGACUGACGUAUGAUAUAAAGAUGCGUUAUAAAAGUUAUAAAGAACCUUUGAGAUGUUUGGGCAUGGAUUUAUUAUUGUCGAUUCUCAAGUUGUGGCUAGUGUUGAAUCAAGUCAAAGCCCGUUUUAAUUUUUCACAAAGAAGCAUUAAAAAAGACCUAUAGAGGUCUACAGAAAUGUAUUGAGUGAACUCAGUAAUUAUCCAAAUUCCCCUUGUCUUGCUUUGUCUCACCUCCUGUCCCUCCUUCCUGUGCUAUUUAUGCUUGCUGUCGCCUCCCGCUGAGCCACAACAGAUGCUGAACAACAACUCGCUGAAACCGUAUCUACCUUCUAAAAAGAAAAUGCCUAUUUUUAUAUGUUUUGAUGAGGACAAGCACACCUCCCACAGCUAAAAAAAACAAUAAUGGAGAUGUGUGAUGUGACAGAUUCAGCAUAUCUAGCACAUGGUUUAAUACGUUGUGGACUCGUGUAAGAUACUAAAUGUCGUCUAGCUUCUUUCCUGAACUUUAUUAGGACAAUUUAGGAAAUAGCAUUACUCUUCAGAUUGCAGUUAUUUUUUUACAACAAAGGCGGUGGAUGACUGAGCUGGAAGAGCAAUAUUUAAAAGCCAGUGAAUCUACUUACAGUGGCUGGAAUGUAUUAGGUUUAGACAUUUCAACGUUCAUCAAAUUAAGAUAUUUAGAUUUGAUUGCAAGUACCCUCCAUGGCCUCGCGUCUUAUCUGUGUGUCAACUGUGUGAAAAACCCUCGUGUGACCAAUACACCGUCUAGACAUUCAGAUUCAUAGGAGACCAUCGAAUCCGCAGCACCAAACCAGCGCAGCUACUAACCAAUAAGUCAAUCCGAUGGUCAACAGAAUGACAGAUGUCCAGUCCUCAAACUUCAGCAACAUAGAAACCAAUGAGAGAUUAUACUGUAUGCGACUUAAACAAUAAACAAUUAAACAUGGAAAAUACGCAA